AUGUCUGGCCAAACCAACGAUGUCUCAGCGCUGUCCCAGAUGUCCUCUGCCGAUCCAAUAGAUGCUGAGAUUGAUGCUCUCACCGCUCAGAUUCAAGCGCUGUCCAGUCGAGUCACAUCCCUACGCGCUGUACGAAACGAUCGCGCUCUCAUCUCGAGGCUUCCGUACGAAACGAUGACAGCGAUAUUUCGCGCCAUCGACGAUCGGCCCCGUAUUAUCCACAAUGAUGGAAGGGUCGUCGGUAGACCUUGGUUGGGAUGGAUAUACGUGAGCCAUGUCUGUCGAAUGUGGAGAGAUAUCUCAGUGCGCCACUCCUUGUUGUGGUCGGACAUCUCCUUUGUUCUUGGACCACAGUGGACCAAAGUAAUGUUCGAGCGUUCACGAGCUGCUCCUAUCAAUAUCGACUAUUCCAUCGUAUUCGGUCAUCCUAUAUUACUCGACAAAGCUACACUUAAUGCUCACAUGUAUCACGUGCGACAACUUUCUCUGGUCGUGCCACUCCAUCCCACUAGCGUAUCCCAUGUAGAAGACCUUUUAUUGAUGGUAGCCGGCGCCGCUCACGGUUUAGAAACACUCAGCCUGAAGAUGAGACCAAUAGACAUUCCUCCAGCAGACUUGACUGGUCCUUCGUCUAUACCCAGCUGGUUGGCGGAGGACUUUCCUCGAUUGCGCCACUUGGAACUUCACGGUUUCCUCAUUCACUGGGGACCCGAGUCGGUGUUCCCCUUUCGAUCCCUGCUUACCUUGAAGCUCGGACUACCUCUUCACCGCGUUAUCGAGCUGGACUCCGCGUAUCUACCCACGUUGCCCACGUUGCUUACGGUUCUUGACCAAAUGUCGGAACUUCGAGUGCUUCAUCUCGUCCACAUCCUUCCCUGGAUACCACUCCAGAAUUUUCAUCUAUUACCUCCCCCUCAAACCGUAUCCCUUCCCCACCUGACCGAGCUACAGAUUUCCGGAAAAGCGCAUGAGUGUGCCAAUUUUCGGCGCUGCCUAGAGAUUUCCACCAGUACGAUGGUCCAAUCAUUUGAUCUCACCUCUCAAUAUGCUACUGGAGAGGACCUUCUCAUGAUGUCUCCCUUCAUUAACUCUUUUAUGAGCUCAGUUAAAUCUUGCAUGAGACUCGCCCUCGCAGACUCAGGCCAAACAAUCACGGUUAUCAUGCACAUGCCCUUCAUGCCAAAUGUACCCCCUCAUCUGGAAUUACGAUGUGUUUUCAUGAGCGAUAGACAUUCCACGGAAGACAACAUUUUCCCGUUGCUUCUCGGACGCUGUUCAUUUGACCAUCUUACGACGCUCUAUAUUCGCAGCCAUAUGUGGACGAUCCCUCAUUGGACAAGGUUCUUUAGCAUGUUCAAGGCCAUCGAACAUCUCACAAUCGCCACCAUUCCUUCGUCCGUCAACAAUGCGCAGUGGCCCACCUUCAACAAUUUCUUCGACGUGCUAGCCAUUGGUACUGGCACCCGUGCUUCCGAGGCUGAUUCUGCCCUGAAGGACCGACCGCGCGGUUCCCAUCUCCUUUUACCAUCACUUACAGUCGUGAGUUUCUUUAGCAUCGACCUCACGCCCACGGAGUCGGACGAUGCCCUGAGGCGAGGACUGCUUGCGUCCCUCGAGUGUCGACAGCGAUCCGCGUCUCCGAUUAAGAGCAUCCAGUUCAGUCACUGCAAGGUCUCGCCUAGGCUACUACAAAGUCUUCGUGAGGUUGUACUCGAGGUUGUUCAAGAGGCUGAGAUCGAUCUUGAUACGAGAUACGGAGUGGCUCGACGUCGCACAUAG